CUGCCGGCGGUGGAUUGGGCGGUUUCCAUUCCCGAGACGCUGAUCGGGAUACCGGGAGGUUCCUCGGCUCAAGAGACAACAAGCUUGAAGGUCGCUAUUGAGGGCAAAAGGUUGCGAGAAGGAUGGCCUGUUGCCAUUGUCACUGGGGAGAGAGAGAUGAGGCAGAAUACAACGAUCUUCAAGUCGUCUUGAGGACAGCUCUUGAGCCUCAUCUCAGUAUUUGUUUACUGACGUUCUCGGCGGCGGCACCGGCCGCUCAGGCUAGCGAGGUCGUGCACGAGGAGGCUGAGCAGACCAGGCAAUCCACUCCCCUAGGAUCCUGUAGGGUGCCUUGGCUGCAGAAGUAUUGCAGCAUCGGGUCGCGUCGGACUCCAGAUUAUUGCAUGCAGCCAAGACAUGCCGUCAGCUCACCGUCUUGGCUGGCGGUCGGAAGGGAGGUUUCACAUGGCAUAUUGUGUCUGACUGGGGUUUUGGAAAUUGGUGAGACCUUCCAUGUGGGCAUGUCUAUCCCAGAGAAUCGAUGUGCUCCCCUUGCGCAAGUUGUCGGACAUGGGCAAACCUAUCACAACUUCACAAGGUCUCAAUAUCUGCGGCUGGCCCCCUGCCUGCAGCGCUCGGAAAUGACUUUUAGCGAAAAAGAAAAAAAAAAAAGAGCAAAUGCCAACCGCAAGGUGCAGCUGUGCCUGACUUCCGCCUCAGCUCGGCAGCGGCGGCUGAGCGGCACAUGCGAAGCCACGACGCGGUCUCGACGCUGUGAGACCAGCCACUGGUCCCAAAACCGUUAGGGCAGGCGGGCGCCCAGGUCUUGGAAUCUCAGUGGCCAGCCACUCACGAAUGUGCAAGUCUAGUCGAGCUGCACGGAGCGAGAAGGUGACAGCUUGGGAUCUGCAAGACCCCUAGGAAAGCUGCAGCUGCUGGAGCUUGUGAGGAUCAAUACGAAGGGAGCUGCAAGUGCAACUGAGGC